AUGGGAACGGUAGCGAGCCCCGCAGAGGCUGUUGCGAGAAUCGCCUACCUCGCCAGCGAUGUCAUUCUCUCCGUUCAGCCGUCGCUGAGCACCGAUUCAGAGUUCUCACAUCAUUUAUCUCGAUUUUCUGCCAACAACGCAAAAAGUUUCGUGUCUCAGGCUCUUCCAGAAGUCAUCCCAGUUCGCCAAAAUGCGGACCCUCUCCUUUCAGCAUAUACGCCUCUCCAGGCCGGCAAACUUGUCUCCGUAACGACGCCAUCUUCCAUCCUCCUAAACUCGAUUCCUCACCUCUAUAAACUUGCCCAAUAUCCCGUGGUGCUGCACGUGGCGCUCGCGUCUCCCAACUCAGACUUCUCCGAAAUCAGCGCCAUCCGACAGUGCGGGUUUGCCUUUCUGCAGUCGGAAACCCUUCAAGAGGCGCAGGACAUUGCCUUGACCGCCCAUGCGUUGGCAGUCAAGAGUGGGAAAGGUGUCAUCCAUUUUUAUGAUCCGAGCAAUUCUGUACAAGAUGUCCCCAUCCCGGUCGAGAGCCGGGAGCUGGUCCAGACUCUUAUUGGAACGGGGGUGGGCUCACGACCAUCGUACACAAGCACCGAUGAUCUGACGUUGUAUGCCAACAAUGGAAGGACUGCAACCGUGACUGAGCUCGGUUUACCGGAGGUCACCUCUCAACCAGCAUCGUCCGGGGUGACCAGGGAGCUUUUGUCGCCUGUUGGGCCCGCGCCUUCCACGAACGGCACAACCGAUGUUUCUUCAGUGCCAUCAUCGAGAAGGGACAGUUCUUCGGACGGCGCUGCUCCAUCUUCCAUAGCGACCACAGUCGAGACUCCAAUUGCUCGUCCCGUGUCCGCGACCGACAUUUUCACCUAUGUUAGCGAUAUUUGGGCCAGCAUUUCCAGGGCCACUGGUCGCAAGUAUUCAGCCAUUGAGUAUUCUGGUCCGCCAGAUGCCGAGGCUGCGAUUUUCAUCUUUGGCUCAACGGGGGUUUUCGUGGACGUCCUUGACUCCGAUGACUGUCCCGCCGACUUGACCAGUGUUGGCCUGAUCACAGCUCGAUUAUACCGCCCUUGGUUGGGCAGUGCGGUCCUGCUGGAUUCUAUUCCACGAUCGAUCAAGAAGAUUGCGGUUUUGGAGCAAAUCAGGCGGAAGACCACCAGAUGGGGACCUUCCUUCCUUGAUUUGCUGUCCAGUUUGAGUCCCGGUGCUGGUGGCCAACCUGCAAUUUCCUUGGUGCAAUACAGAUUGGGACAGAUUGACCAAGCCACAGCUCUACAAGCAUUGCGAGGGAUAUUCCAGAAUCUCGCUCCGCCGUCGACCCCCAGGAAACACUCCCGGCGCCGUGGCCAUUCGCAGGUCACUGUUCUUUCCAUCCAAAAUCUGAGCAUUGGCAAGGAGCUGGAACCGGCAGUUGACCCUUUCACGCCUGAGCAGCCCGAGCUAGAGAAUGCCUAUCUCAAGAUUCUGGAUCAAUUAUUCAGCAACAGACUGUACAUUGCGAACCAGCUGAAGGAGAAGAAUGCCGGUGUAUCAGCAACGGUUGCGGCUUCGCCUGAGUAUGGGUUUGGAUCACUUCUUGCACGAAUUGAGAGACGUCAACAAUUCGUGAAGGAAGCAGAGACGGCUGCACGUAGCAACGAAUUCAUCACAGAGUCACCCAAACAGUGGCUGUCAAGAUGGGCGUUGAACGCUGAUGACACCAUCAAGGCGAACGACUACGCACCGGAAGUGAUUGCUCGCUUGUCCACGGAUGGUUCAAGGAUAUCCACUCGGCUGCUCGACAACAAGGCUUUCUUCUUCAAAGAGUCUCACUGGCUCAUUGGGUCCGAUGCAUGGGCGUACGACCUGGGCAAUUCCGGAGUCCAUCAUGUCCUGGCUUCGGGCGCAAACGUCAACAUGCUGAUCAUCGACUCCGAGCCGUAUUCGGAACGAACAGCUGCCGACUCUAUGCGACGCAAGAAGGACAUCGGUCUCUAUGCCAUGAACUUUGGGAAUGCUUAUGUUGCCUCUGUUGCGGUGUACAGUUCCUACACCCAAGUGCUACAGGCCAUGAUUGAAGCCGAGAAAUUCAAUGGUCCGUCAGUCAUACUGGCCUACCUACCCUACCACAAGGAAACCGAUUCUCCAUUGACUGUCUUGCAAGAAACCAAGAAGGCUGUGGACAUGGGUUAUUGGCCCCUUUACCGCUGGGAUCCCUCAAACGAUGACAAGGACGAGCCUACCUUCUCGCUGGAUUCCGAACGAAUCAAGCGCGAAUUGGAAGAGUUCCUCCGACGAGACAAUCAAUUGACCCAAUUGAUGAAUCGUCAUCCCCGAUUUGCCGCCAGCUUGUCCGAGUCUUAUGGCUCAGAAGUGCGCAAACUGCAGAAGCGCAAGGCCAAGGAUGCAUAUGAGCAGAUGUUGGAGGGCUUGUACGGAGCUCCGUUGACCAUCUUGUUUGCUUCAGACAACGGCAAUGGCGAGAGCUUGGCCAAGAGAUUGGGCAACCGAGGCAAGGCCCGAGGACUCAAGACUAUGGUCAUGGCGAUGGACGACUAUCCUUUGGAAGACCUUCCCAAUGAAGAGAAUAUCGUACUGAUUACGAGCACGGCUGGUCAAGGAGAGUUCCCACAGAAUGGUCGUACCUUCUGGGAGGGGAUCAAGGACGCGGCUGACCUUGAUCUUUCCAACAUUCAUUACUCGGUCUUUGGAUUGGGUGACAGCCACUACUGGCCUCGCAAGGAGGACAAGAUCUUUUACAACAAGCCGGCAAAGGAUCUCGAUGCGCGUUUGCAGUUCCUGGGAGGCAAGCAGUUGACUGCAGUUGGCUUGGGUGACGAUCAAGAUCCUGAUUCCUACCAGACCGGCUAUCAAGAAUGGGAACCGCGGCUGUGGCAGGUCUUGAACGUGGACAAAGUCGAAGGUGUCCCGGAAGAACCUCCGCCAUUGACGAAUGAGGACAUGAAGAUCGCCUCGAACUAUCUCCGGGGCACCAUUGCCGAGGGAUUGGCCGACACGUCGACUGGUGCCAUCUCCGCGUCCGACCAACAACUCACCAAAUUCCAUGGUACUUACAUGCAAGACGACCGUGAUCUGCGAGACGAGCGUAAAGCCCAAGGACUUGAACCGGCGUAUUCGUUCAUGAUUCGAUGUCGACUGGCGGGAGGUGUUGCUACGCCUUCCCAAUGGUUGCAGAUGGAUGAGAUUGCCUCGGCUCAUGGUAACGAGACAAUGAAGUUGACCACGAGACAGACGUUCCAGUUCCAUGGUGUCAUCAAAUCUAAACUCCGACCUGCCAUGCGAGCCAUCAACAAGGCUCUUAUGACAACUCUUGCAGCUUGUGGCGACGUCAACCGAAAUGUCAUGUGCUCCAGCUUGCCGACCAUGUCUGGGUACCACAAAGAAGUCCAUGCCAUCUCACAGAGAAUCUCCGACCAUCUGCUCCCAGCUACCACAGCUUACCACGAGAUUUGGUUAAAGGAUGAUACGACCGGUGAGAAGACUCAAGUGGCCGGUGAUGCUGUGCAGGACUAUGAACCACUCUAUGGGCCAACCUAUCUCCCGCGCAAGUUCAAGAUCACGAUUGCCAUUCCACCACACAACGACACCGAUGUCUACGCCCAUGACGUCGGUUUGAUCGCCAUUCGAUCCAAGGACAACGCCCAUCUUGAGGGCUUCAACGUUCUUGCCGGAGGUGGUAUGGGUGUGACACACAACAACAAGAAGACUUAUCCUCGAACGGGUUAUAUGUUGGGGUAUGUACCUGCGGACCAGGUCCAUCUUGUGUGUGAGAAGAUCAUGCUCGUUCAACGUGACAACGGCGACAGGAAGAACCGUAAGCAUGCUCGACUAAAGUAUACCAUGGACGACAUGGGCAACGAAGUCUUCAAGUCAAAGGUGGAGGAGCUUCUUGCUCCCCUCAAUAUCAAAUUCGACACACCUCGGCCCUUCAAAUUCCAAUCCAACGUCGACACCUUCGGUUGGCAGAAAGAUGAGAAGGGGUUGAACCACUUCACAUUCUUUAUUGAGAAUGGUCGUAUCGAAGACACGGCCGACUUCCCCAUGCGUACGGGACUUCGGGAGGUUGCCAAGGUUCACAAAGGCGAAUUCCGUCUGACCGGUAACCAGCAUCUCAUUCUGUCCAAUGUCACGGACAAAGACAAGCCGGCGCUUGUUGAGCUGAUGAAGAAGUACAAGCUGGACAACACGCAUUUCUCUGCUCUUCGAUUGUCUAGUUCCGCCUGUGUUGCUUUCCCCACCUGCGGCCUCGCCAUGGCCGAGUCAGAACGAUAUCUGCCCGUACUCAUCACCAAGCUUGAAAACUGCUUGGAGCAGAACGGCCUUGCACAGGACAGCAUCGUCAUGCGCAUGACAGGUUGUCCCAAUGGUUGUGCCCGACCCUGGCUGGCUGAGGUGGCCUUCGUCGGCAAGGCUUACGGUGCGUACAACAUGUACCUGGGUGGAGGGUACCACGGACAGCGCUUGAACAAGCUGUACCGCAGCAGUAUCAAGGAAGAGGAGAUCUUGGAGAUCAUGACCGGCUUGUUGGCCAGAUAUGCCAAGGAGAGGAACUCGGGCGAACACUUUGGCGAUUGGACCAUCCGAGCUGGUGUCAUCAAUGAAACGACCGAAGGCAAGUAUUUCCAUGAAGGCACCGCCGAGGAUGAGAGUGAUGGUGAAUAA